AUGGAUCGUGGAACAGCUUUAGCAAUGAAAGUAGCAUCAGCUGCUGCUUCCCUUUUCGGCAACACCGUUGAGCAAAUAUCUCAGACCAUAAACACAGGCAGAAAUGUCACCAUUCAAAUCACCAAUAACUGUGAUGCAUUCACCUUAGCAAAUCCAAGGACCCACAACAUCAGUGGAUACUGUCACCAUCCUCCACAACCUACCAUAAUAACAAAGUCACAGGAGACAUGCUCAUUUUCUAAAACUGCAUACUCAGCUCGUGGUUCUAUCGGGGUCCUGAUGUACCAAAUCCUCAAUAAUGAAAGAAACCCUGUCGGUGAACUGGCCAUCAUGUUCUCUGUGCCUUAUAACUACAGCUUGUAUGAAAACUGGUUUGCUCUUGGCAUUUAUGAACCAGACAUUUCAUGUGAUGAUAAUCUAUUCAACAAGAUGUAUUAUGAUUAUGAUUACAACAAUCCUUUUAGCAGAUGCAAAGGUACAGGGGGUGUCGUACCAUAUUUUGGAAAAGGAGUUGCUGUGAAGGGAACAAUGUCUGCUGGAGGCCAAUCGAUUAUUAAGGUUGAAUUGACGGAUGAGGGUCCUGUUGUUUACCGAAGCACAAGAGGCAAACAAACCCGAGUCCAGCACAUGCAAUAA